CCCCACGUGGGCAAGCACACGGUUUGCAGUGUGCACAGAAAACUUUGAAAACUUUUUGUCAACUGGAGCUAACAAACUUGCUUGUUUGUUCCGUUGUCCGAGAGGGAACCAGAGGUCAAGAAAAAUGCCAUCUUACGCGCUGAAUCAAUUUCUUGAUUUGGAAGAGGUUAUGUGCAAGCUUCUGAGCCUGGACCUCAGAGACCCUUCCAUGCAGUCAGCAUUGCCAGUGAGACCUGUUGGCUACAAGAAUCCCCAGACCCCAUGUUCCCUCUCUAGAUCUAGCUCUGCCUUCUCUACAGACUCCGCAGAGAGUGCAGCCAUGUUCCCCGGCCACUGGGGGCAGAACGUGGAAGCCUCGCUCCCAUCGAGAUGGAACAAGAUGUCGUUCUGGGCUGAGCGUUCUGUCAGCAUGGUGGAGCCCAGCACGGCCCCCCUGGGGUGGUCCUCUGCAGAUUCCAGGCAGGCCCCCUCCUCCCCCACUGGUGGCCCCCUCUCUGUGCCCCCCACCUCGUCACGCUACAAGACCGAACUGUGCCGCACCUUUGCCGAGAGUGGCGUCUGUAAGUAUGGCGGGAAGUGCCAGUUUGCCCAUGGCUUUGAUGAGCUGCGCGACCUCAACAGGCACCCAAAGUACAAGACCGAGCCCUGUCGCACCUUUCACACCAUUGGCUUCUGUCCCUACGGCAUCCGCUGCCAUUUUGUUCAUAACAACGAGGACGACCUGGGCCCCGCCCGGCCCUGUCCCCAAGUCCCCCGUACCAGGCGGCCCCCACUGCUCAGGCAGAGCUUCAGCUUUGCAGGCUUUCCCUCUCCCCCUCCACAGCCCCCGGAGGACUCCCUGCCUCAUCCGUUCCUCCGCGUGCCCUCCGUCUCCCCUCACGCCUCGGCGGACGCCUCCGACCUGCUCUCCCACGCCUUCACCGAGGCGGACUCUGCCUUUGAGCCGGCACGCGAUCCCCAGUCUCAGUUUCUUCCCUCUCCGGACUCGGGCUGUUCCCUGUGCGGGAUGUCCCCCGUGCCUUCGCCCUCCCAGAACCCCUGCGCCUCGUCGGCGGGACGCGGCCUGCAGCAGAGCCCUCCCUGUGGGCCGGUUCUCGGAGCCCGGAGCCUCUCCUACACCUCGCUGUCCGACCAUGAGGGUGGGUGCGGCAGCUCCACCAGCAGCCUUAGCGGUUCUGACUCCUCUGGUCCAGACGGUUCCGGCCGGCGGCUUCCCAUUUUUAGUCAGCUCUCCGUGCCUGACGAAGGCUUUGGCAGCGAAGGCGCUAGCUUCUUUCUUUAGGCGGGGUGGUGUCUUCCAACCACCCGACUCCAUCACUGUCUGUUGAAUUCCAGUGGAAACGCUUGUAUUUUCUUUUUUACUGUGACUGUAUACUAUUGUAUACCUGCUGUAUUGUGUGGGCAGAUGCUUGAUACAUAAGUGUUUCUGUAAAACUCAAGUGAGAUUAAGUUAUACAAUCAGGGCUAAGAUUUGAGGUUCAAGGAAUAUUGCCAAAACGACCCCCCCCCCC